CCUCGUCCGACCAAACUCAUCAGCAUCAUCUCCCCCUUGCAUCAACACCACUGACCCAACGAGCAACUUCAUCAAAAUGAAUCCACUUACCUCCAUCCUCUCUUGCCUCACCGGCCAAAACGCCCCAACUCAACCAUCGCCCCAGGUCAGCGAGAUCAACACAAACUCAAAGCUCAUCACCGCCCAACCAGUCCCCUACUCCGACGACGCAGCCUCUCAAUUCGUCUCCAUCCUUCAAACCCACACUGGCACCCAGACUGAACUGCAUCAUCGUCUCAAGCAAGUAGUUUCCACCAAUAGCUGGACGUCAAGCCUCGCCGAAGCCAUCGAGCGUAAGAUCGAGAAGCUCUUAAAAGAUGGCGCACAGCUCGCCAAGCCCAUGGCUGAAGCCGUAAAAAGAGCUACAAACACUGCUUGGGAGUUUGCGAAAGAACAUCCUGUUUACGCUGGGUUGAUUGCAGCGGGCACGAUCAUUGCUAUCGGUGUUUUGGUGGAGUUUGAUCUUAUUUGGGUGCUGAGAGCGCUGGGGUUUGAUGAGGUUGGACCGAGACUUGGGAGUUUUGCGGCGAGAUGGAUGAGUAGCCUUGAGAAGGUGCCUAAGGGAUCGAUUUACUCGUAUCUUCAGCGGCUUGGGAUGAAGAUUGCUAAGUGAAGUCGGGUAUUGAGAUGGAAACCAUUGAGUAAUACCCGUAACUGCCAAGUCGGUUCAGCGGAAGCAUUUACUUUUCACUCAUCAGUCAAUUCAACAGACUGUCAUUUUCUUAUAAGCGAAAUCUGGUACUCAAUUC